CUCAUACCGUGCAAACAGCACUAACCCAUUUUUUAAAAAACGUCUCCAGACACCAGCAGCAAAGACGAUGUCCCGCUGACAUUUUAAGUCACAAGACGCACUCAGCAUCCCCAUGACGUCAUCAGCAGGCGCCUUUAUUUACUUCUGGUCCAGUUAGCCGAGCUGUCCGCUGCAAUGGAAGUAAACAGGGACGAAGCGGAGCGCUGCAUUGACAUUGCAACUGCGUUGUUAACCAACGACCAGCCAGAGAAGGCGCAGAGGUUCCUGGAGAAGGCGCAGAGACUCUUCCCGACAGAGAAAGCCAAAGUUCUGCUGGAGCUAAUAGCAAAGAAUGGAUUUAUACCUAGACACGACGGACACUCAGACUUCAGUGGGGUCUCGGGGCCACGACAGCGGCAGACCAAGAGUGAGGAUACCAGACCUGAAGAAAAACCUUCAGACGCCUCUAAAUCCUACACGGCAGAUCAGCUAGAUGCUGUGAGGAGGAUAAAACAAUGUAAAGACUUCUAUGAAAUUCUUGGGGUCCAGGCAGAUGCCUCUGAGGAUGAACUCAAAAGAUCAUAUAGAAAACUUGCUUUGAAAUUCCAUCCAGACAAGAAUCAUGCUCCAGGUGCUACAGAGGCAUUUAAAGCUAUUGGGAAUGCGUAUGCUGUUCUGAGUAAUACUAACAAAAGAAGACAGUACGAUCAAUGUGGAGAAGAGAGGAGGCAUCCUUCAAGACACAGCCCAGACAAUGAAAACUUCGAGCCCGAUAUUUCGCCUGAAGACCUCUUUAAUAUGUUCUUUGGUGGAGGCUACCCGUCAAGUAAUGCUAAUGUGUACACUAACGGGCGGAUGCGUUACCAAAGGCGAGAGAGAAGGGAGCAACAGCGAGAUGGAGGCCUCGCUCUCUUCGUACAGGUCAUGCCCAUCCUCAUCCUGGUGAUUGUGUCAGCCCUCAGUCAGAUCAUGGUCAACAGCCCCCCCUACAGCCUCAGCUUCAGGCCGUCAGCAGGUUACACACAGAAGAGGCUGACGGAGAACCUGAAGGUGCCAUAUUAUGUGGGGGAGCAGUUCUCCAAGGAGUUCACUGGAGUGAAUCUGAAGAAUUUGGAGCAGACAGUGGAGGAUGAUUAUAUUUCCAACCUUCGCAACAGUUGCUGGAAGGAGAAACAACAAAAGGAAGGCAUGCUGUACAGGGCUCGCUAUUUUGGAGACAAUGAUCUGUACCAAAGAGCACAGAGGGCUCGCACACCAAGCUGCGUCAAGCUGUCCGAGAUCACAGCUUCAUUACAUGGUUGAGGCUGCAUUUCAUAAUUAAAAGUUUCCAUACUCAACACAAACAAUUAUUGGCUGUAAAUAAAUGAGCUUUAACAAUCUGGAGACUGAAGAUGACUCAACAAGCAACACAAACAAACCAGCACCGAUCUGCAUCAAACUGGUUGAAACCAUCUCUGUGGAAUUUUAGUAUCUGAAAUUUAAACAUAAUGUUAAUAUAAUGUUUUGAAAUGGAAAAGCCACUUAAAAUCGCUUGUCUUCCUGACAAGAUUGGGGUUCGGAAAACCACCAAGCCACAGUUUUGACUGGGAGCCAUGAAGCUGGCUGAGGUCACUUCAUGUUUUUUUGCAAGAAACUGGUAUGAAACCAGAAUGUUGUGAGUGUUAUAUAAUAGUACGGAUGUUAUUUAUGUAGCAGUUGACUAGAUACCACAGUGAACGCUUCCUCUUUUCAUUUUAUGCAGUCAGAUCAGUGGUGGACACGAGUUUUAGGGGGAUUUGCUGAUGUGAUUUCAAAUGCACAUUCUGAAACUAUGCAGGAAUACUGUGAAACCUCUGAUGAAUAUACACUCAUGUCCAGGGUUUAUCAGACAGUUGAACAACUGAGAUUUGUCUUCUGCUGUGUCUGUGUGUGUGUGUGUGAGAGAGAGAUAACAAUUAGGAAAUGUCCCUUCACACUUUGCCUCCUUUAAUCGUAUUAAAGAUAGACUUACAUAGUGUAACUUGACGGCACUUAGAAUAAGAGAGACGUGCCUACCCACAAAGUGGGACUUUAACAGGUUCUAGUUUUGGAGCAUAAUGUCUCUGAUGAAAAUCAUCUUUUGGGAAAAAGCAAUUAUUUGUCACACUUUUUAAGUUUAUAGUAUGCUAUUUAUUUUUUGUAUUAUUUAUUUUAAAAAUGGAUUGUCAGACUAAGAAAACACUACAGCUCUUGCUCACUUUUUUCCACCUUGUUUUUACUCCCAGAUGAAAAUAAAUAUGGAUGCUUAAAA